CUCGCGAUCCCCAGCCCCCAUGUCUCGCGCGGCGGGAGCGCCGUCGUCUACUAUGUCGUGCAAUCCGCUACGGACCCCAGUGUCAGCUACACCGUCUUCUGGCAGCGGCUGCACAAGCCAAAUGCAGGUGCAGCUUCGAUCAAAGAUGGCCAAGAGCAAGGCCACGAUCAAGACGAGACCAGCACAACGGCGCCGCACUGCCACGCACGACGCAGCAGGCUGAUACCGUCUGCCCUGCGCCAACCUCCGCAUUGUCCCUGCCCUGCUUUCACGGUGCGCGCCUAUGGGCCUGGAAUUGCAGCCAAAAGUGCUGGGCUCACUGUUCAUGGACAGCGUGCAGCAGCAGAAGCUGCUUCUAUCGAUGCCGAGCUGCGGCCGGGUGAAGGCGAAAGGGAGGGGACGCAUCGCAGGGCAGGGCAGGCUCUCACUGCGUCUGCCGCUGCUUUUUCGGGCACAUCAGCUGCGCAAGGGUCUCCCUUUCUCAUGUGUAAGCAUCUCCUCGCAGCUCGACUCGCAGAUCGGCUGGGUAAAUCGAGGCCAGUGGACGGCAUCUCGUGGGAUCAUCUCGUCGCUGCGCUGGCUGGCCGGAGCGUAGAUUCCCUUGGGAGCAUCACAUGA